AUGCUUCUUUAUAUCUUUUAGUUAUCUUUGCUAUUAUCCUUAAGAGGAAUUAAAAUUAGAGAAUUAGAUUCAUCCUACUAAGUCAGCAAGUAAUCGAUAAAACUGUCAGAAAAUGAUUUUACAAUAACAAAUGGAUUUCGAUAUGGAUUGUGGUCGAAAUAUAAUCCCUUAACUAACAUUCCAUAAGUUGGAAUUGUUGGACAAUUUGACAGUAAUUGUUUGUUCUUGCACAGUACAUCUGAACAAUAUACUGAGUCACUUAAUCUGUUGUAUUACGAAUGCUUAAAUUAUGAAUAAAAAAAAAUAACGAAAAUUAUUGCAUUUAUUGAUAAUAAUGAAGAACAACAUUUAUUUAGUAAGGAUAUUGAUUUUUUUGAUUAUGAGAACGCUUGGUAUUUCUUGAUGAUUGUGUAAUGGCCAUUAUAAUAAAAAUUUGAACUAAUUUUGAUGUAUUAACAGCAGACUAUACUCCAUUCAUAUUUAUAAAUAAAGUGGCCUUUUUAUGAUAAUAAUAUAUUGCUGACUUUUGGUGGUAGCAUGAUAGUAGGUCAAUCAAAAAUCUCAUUUAUAGAAUAAGGAACUAAAAUAUCAUAUUUUCCAGGUAAAAUAGUCCUGUAUGAAUUUGAAAUUGUAGAUAUCUCAUUUUCAGAGAACUAUUAACAAAUAUAAUAAGCAUUUUUUGAGUUAUAUUAAAAUUGUCUUUGUUAAGAUAAUUAUUAAUCUGAUAUUGGUAAUGUUGAUAUUAGUUAGCUGGAUAAUUUAGUGUUUGUGUCGGAAAAUAUAAAUUGUAAUUCAUUUAUUUUAUCUGGAUGGAUGAAAAUUAUUGAAAUAGUAAAGUCAUCGGAAGAAUUUAUUUAUUAAUUAUUAUUCUUAGCAUCAAAUUUUCAAAAUUCUUUAGCAGAUUACAAUUUAGCUCCUUUUUCAUUAUCUUAUAAGAUUUCCUCUGUAGGCAAUUAGAUAAUCGUAACAACCUACAGCUAUACAUUUCCAUAAGUAACAAUAGAUUUUUCUGAUAAUCCAUUUUUGAUUAAGAAAGAGUUUGAUAUUUCUAAUUCAAUAUUUCUUUGGCAUUAAGUUUAUGUUUAAGUAAAGGAUGAUUAAUUAACAAUCCAAAUUUAAUUUUUGGAAGGCCAUUAAGUUUAUGAUUAUAUUUUCUAGAUUAAGGUAUUUUAAUUUAAGCAAACUUAAUUUAAACUUUAAUAUGGGAAUAAUUUGUAAUCUUAAACUAAUUAUUUGAAUAUCUAACUACGAAAUUUUAAGUUUUACAAUUGCUACAUUUAAGUUAACCAAUAAAAUUGCCAUUACACUUGCGAGGAUUGCGAGGGUCCAAACAAAAAUAAUUGUUUAUCCUGUAAAAAAGGAUCGGAUAGAAUUUACUUAGCAUAAUUUAAAGCUUGCGUAUGUCCAUACAAUACUAUAGAUGAUCAAGAUUGUUAAUCAUACUAUGAUCAUAAUUUAGAAAUAGUAAAUAAUGCCGAAAAGAAGCAAAGUUGUCAAUAUGGAUACUUUGAAUAUUCUGAUAGUUGCUAUUAAUGCCCAUCAAUUAUACAAGAGAACUUAGUAACUUGCUUAGAAUGUGUAUAAAAUCCUAAAGGGUGGAUAUAAGAUCCUAAAUGCGAUAGAAAUUUGUAUUUAAAUUUGAAUGGAUCUGUUGAAAAAAUAUUUACAGAUUAAUCACCUAUUUAUUUCCAUUUUGAUGGAAAUGAUGCAAUUUAUUGUAAAAAUUGUAAUAAAACCUAAUCUUUUGUUCAAAACGAAUAUAAUAUAGAAGAAUCAGAAAUUUAGCUUCUUUCUUUAGAUUAUUUUUGCUUAGGUUUACUUUAAAACUGUUUAAAGUGCUUGUAUACUCUAUUUGGAAAUACUUGCUUAGAGUGUUACUUUGGCUACAUAUCGAUUGAAGGAGUAUGUACUUCUUUAUCUUAAGAUAGAUUAGAGUAUUGCAUUCCUCCAUUAUAUUUAACGUUGAGGAGAUAAUGUGAAGUAUGCAAUAUUAAAUUUUGCAAAUAUUGCUUUCAAUAUGUUAAGAAUGAUAUAAGGAUUUCCACAUUAUACAGAGGAUUUGAAUUUUUAGAGCAGGAUCAAGAAAUAAUUACUGGUUGUGCUUUAUGUGAAGAAAAUUAUAUUUAUGAUUUCGAUAAACAGCUGUGUUUCUAUUAGCAUCCGUAGUUGCAAAAUUGUUAGAGAUCUUUUGUAAAGGACAAUAAAGAAAUCUGCACUUUAUCGAUGAUAGAUGAUUUUAAAUUAGCUUCGGAAAUUAUGAAUUGCCAAAAAUACUAACUUAAUUGUUUGCAAUGUAUUUUGACUCUUGAAUCUACAGUCAAAUGUGUUGUUUGUGAUGUUGGAUAUACAGCUUCAAUGAAAAAUGGAGGUUGCUAUUUAACAGAUCCAAUAACAAUAGUAGGAGCAAAAAUAGUUAUAGAAGGUUCAUAUUCAUUAUAGGAUGGCUGGAUUUAAAGAAUCUAAAGUUUCAUCACUAAAUUUUUGCCCAAUCAAUAUUUUUAUCCUCAAUCUUAAUUAAUUACAGAUAUGUAAGAAUAAAUAGUUGAAUGUCUAGAUGGAUUUAAACUCAUAGAGUUUAUUUGUAGAAAAUAUUGUGAUUCCGAUUGUUUAUCAUGUGACUAUAAUUAUCAUGAGGGUUUUAUAUGCAACCAUUGCCCAUUAAAUUAUUAUUAUCAGCCAAUUAGAGAUUAAAUAGAUGGUUCUUGCUCUGAAUGCCCUUAUUUAUGUUAAGCGUGCCAAAUUAGAUCAAAAAACGAAAUAUAUGUAAUUUAUCUAUAUUAUUAACUAGACUUUUUAACCUAAUUUCUUAUUGAAUAGCGAUAAUCUGCAGUAUCUGAUCCCAACAUUUAACUAGAUCUUGAUAAGUAGAUAGCAAGGUAUUGUUUUGAUGAACAGUGCUCCUCUACUUUUUUACAUGAAGUUAGUUAUGAUUAUUGUGAAUUGAUUGAUUCAUUCUGGGAAUUAUCAUUUAAAAUCAACUACUUAAACUAAAUUGGAAUAGAUACUUUAAUUAUCAAAUUUAUUUUUACAAGUCAAAUACCAUGUAAAGUUGCUAUUAUAUGGUUAGAUUCAACAGUUUAAACUAAAAUAUUUUCACUCAAUAGUGUUUAAUAUAUAAUAACUUCAGAAAUAGAUUUAAUUUUUUCUACUUCAGCACCUAUAUAUAUUCUAAAUGUUGACACUUUAGUUAUUAGCAACAUCGUUUAAAAGAGAAUUGCUAACGAUGAUUUUGUUAUUCUAAACAAUUCAACUUAAACAGAUCUGAAAUUGUUUAAUUUUACAAUUAAUGAUAGUAACAUACAAAAUUCUAAAUCUCUAUUUUAAAUUGAAACAUUUGGUCAAGUAGAACUUAAUAACGUUACAAUCCUUAAUUCAAUAUUAGUGAAUUCAUCUUUUCUAAGCCUAAGUAAUUCAUAAAUUAAUGGAAUAAUUAAAAUUGAUAGAUUAAUAAUAAAAGGUUGUACUUUGACAAAUUCUAAAUUAUUUUAACUCACUGAUAAUAAAAUUAUUUUACAAGUUCGAAAUCUCUUAAUAGAAGAUUGUAAGUUUUAAAAUUCAUCAAUAUUUUUUAUUAAAACUUCCCUUGAUCAAUUAAGUAAAAUUACUUUUCAGGAUGUAACAAUAAAGGCAAGUUAAUUUAAUAUCUCAAGUCUUGUAAAUUGCUUUAACUAUGCAAUUUUAUCAAUGAUAGACAUAAAAUUAUAUUCAAAUGAAUUACAUACUUCAAGUUUCAUUACAUAAAAUUAUAACUUUUCAAUUUAAUACCUAUCAUUUUUGGAUAAUAAUAUCUACGAGUCUCAAUUAAUUUCGAUUAUCGAAGAAGAUUUUAAUUAAAAAAUUUCCAUUAAUAUUAUUAAUUUUGUUACUAAAUAAAUUUAAAUUAAAAACUCAAACUUAUUAAGAAUAUACUCAGACCAAGAGUCAAGUAAUAUUAUUUUGAAAAUUUAAAAUUUAAACUUUGAAGAAAUGAAAAGUUAGUAUAGCUCUGAUUUCAGUUCAUUCUUAUUUAUUAUAAAAUGCCUUCAAUUUACUUCAUCAGAAAUUAAAAUCCAUAAUUUAAAUAAUAUUUUCAUCUUUUAUAUCUAUGAAAGUAACGCAAUUCUUAUUUAGAAUAUUAUAUAUGAACAACAAGAUUAAUAAUAUAAAGUACAAUUAAGUUAAAACUGCAAAAGCUAAAUGAUGAAUAAAAAUAAAUUAAUGAAAGUAGUUGACUUUUCUUCUUUUAAACUCACACAUGUAUAGAUUGUAAAUUAAUUUACAAUUGAUGAAUCAAUUUUAGAGUUAUCUCCAAAAUAACUUUAACUCGUUUCAAUUAAUAUUAAAAUAGAAAUUAUAGAUAUUAUAUUCAGAGGAAAUUUAUAAUUACACUAAUAAUCAUCAAGAUUCUUUUCGCUAUUAUCUAUAGAUUCAGAAAGAAUUAUUGAUAUUACAAUUUGUAAUAUUUAGUUUUUAGAAAACAUUUUUCAUUCAUAAACAGAUGAUACAUUAUUUGCUUAUUCAUCAUAAAUAUAUAUUAAUUCAUAGAGAAGCAGUGUUGAAAUAUUUAAUUUAUCAUCAAGCCUAAAUGCCUUAACAAAUUCAUCCAAUUCGUUUAUUUACAUAAACUCAUUUAGUUUGAUGUUUCAUAAUCAUAGUGUGUCCCAUCAUAAUAUUUUAUCUUCUGAUAUAUUAUAAAAGUAUUAUGAUAUAGAAUUAGAAAGUUUUAUGGAUUAAGAAUAAAUAAAUUCAUUCAUAUCUCAAAUUUUAUUUAUAAAAAAUAUUGGAGGAGCAGCUAAGAUAAUAGCUUCUAAUUUUACGUGUGAAAAUUGUCAAUUUUAACAUAUACUUGCAUUUAAAAGUGUAAUUUUUGAGAUUAUUACACAAUUUUAAGGAUCAGUAAGACUUAUGAAUAUAGCAGCAAGUAAUCUUUAGAGUGAUUUAAAUUAAAUUACAAAUAGUUCAGGUUGUAUCAGCAUAUAUUCAUAAAAUAGUCUCCUUGAUCUUGAAAUUCUUAAUUCAACUUUUUAUGAUAUUUUAAACAGAAUGUCUUCCUCAAUACUAACUAUUUAAUCUUCUAAUAUUCAAAAUACUAUUUAUUUAUAAAACAUCUAGAUUUAGAACUGUCUUUCAUUGAUACAUUAAAUCCUAUAAAUUGAAGUUUCUAAGAAAAUUAUUUAAAAUAAUAAAGUAUUUCUUAAGAAUAUCAAAGUAUCUUAAGAUGAAGAAGCAUGGUAACACUAUUUUACAAAAGUAAGAGUCUUAAGCAGAGCUGAAUUAUUAGGUGUUUCAAGCAGUGACAAUGCCUUGAUAUAUAUUGAAAGUUGUUCAGCCUCAUUGAAAAGCAUAACAUUUGAAGGAUUUUAUAUUUCAUCCAUUUUGAUAUUUGUUAAUUCACCAAUCCUAGAGUUAUAGGAUUUGUUGUUAACAUAAAUAUAGUCAUUUUAUUCUUUUACUUUAGUAAAAAUAAUUUAGCAAGCAGAGUCAGAAUCUAAAAUGAUACUCUAAUAAUUAAGAAUUACAAAUUAAACAAAUUAUUUAGUUAAUGACAUAAGUAUUUAAUUUUCAAAUGAAAUUUUUUAAAGUAUAGGAUGCAAUUAAUUUUAAAUGUACUCAUCUACCAACAUGAUAAAUUAUUCAAUAUCUGAACUUUUUUAAACUAUCCAAAGAUAAGCAUAAAAAUAAGCAUCACUAAUAUAUAUAUCAAUUUCAUCAAAUAAAAGUUCGCUUUACUUCAAUUAAGUACAUUUAUUUAAAAAUAAUUGUACUUUGUGCAGCGAUGGUUUAAUCUCUUUUGAUUUAGAUUUAUUUUAAAUUGUAAAAAUUCAAGAUUUUCAUUGUCAUUAUAACUUUGCACAGGAAUACGGAUGUUUAAAGUUCACAACUUCAAAUGAACUUUCUCAUGUAAUACACUUGUAGAAUUCAAAUUUUAUUUAAAAUGUAGGCAGUAGAGGAAUAGCAAUUUCAUCCUUGUAAUUACCAAUCAACAUAAAAUCAUGCAAGAUGAUCUUAAACACUGCUAAAUAUGAAGGAGGAGCAAUAUAUUUUGACAUGAAGAGCAAUAUAUUUUCAGUUAAACAUAGCUUUAUAAUAUCAAACAAGGCAACAGAAGGAGGAGGAAUUUAUUUAAAAUAGAAUAUUAAUUUAAAUCUUGAAAAUUCAAUUAAAAAUUAUCUCAUCUUUAAUAAAGCAUCUAUUUAGGGGGAUAAUAUAGUAGAAUACCCAACCCAUUUGGCUUUGUUUAUAAAUUCAUUUGAAAUGCCAUCUCAAAUUUUAAAUUUUGAACAAUUUUAAACAAAGAUUCUUAAUAUCAAACCAUAUUCUACUAUUGAAUAAGAAAAGAAAAUAAUUACAAAGUAUUUUAUGAUUCCAAGUAAUCAAGCUAUAGCAGAGUUUAGCCUCAUUCUGCCGAGAUUAUCUUAAACAAUAUUGUAAAUUAGUAAAUUAGCUUUAAAUUUUAAGAAUAGUUUAAAUGAAUUGAUUUUGAACUCUUUAAAUUCAAGUUGCGCUGUUUUAAGCUAUAUUGUGAUGCUUAAUGAAACAAAAGAAAAGAAAUUUUUGAAAAGCGACAUCUUGGCAUUUGAUAUUAACUAAACUGGCUUUGAUUUAACUUCAUUAACAUUUCAACUUGAUCCUUAUAACCAAGAUUAUAAAUAUUUAGAGAUCUAAAUAAGUUGUGAAGCAGGAAAAUAGUAAAAUUAUUUACAUUAUUAUAUUCAAUCUAAAAGUUACAAAUGCCAAUUAGGAGAAUUUUAUGUUGACUUCGGAUGUCAAAAGUGCCAACCAAUUUAAAGAUUUUAUUCAGUUACCUAUGAUUCAAUAAAAUGUUCCAUAUUUGAUAAAGAAAAAUUCUUAGAGAUUACAUCAAAUGCUAUUUAAUUAAAAAAUGGGUAUUGGAGACCAAACUAUUUAUCAGAUUUUUCAGCUUUAUGUUUUAAAAAUUUAGAUAAUUGUGGUGGUGGAUGGAGAGUUGGAGACGAUAGUUGCAGUGAGGGCCAUGUUGGUGCAUUGUGUGAAGAAUGUGAUAUCUAUAAUGUUAGGGGAUUUGGAAAGCAUUUUAAGAUUUAGUCUAAGACAGAUUGUGUAAAAUGUUUUGGUAUUCAAGAUAGUAUCCUCCCUGUCUUUUUUAAUAUUUUAUGGACCAUUCUUUCAAUUGUUAUAACUUUACGAAGUAUUUAAAAAUCUAAUGAACUAUUUUUAUAUCUGAAAAUUAGGGAAAGGUUUAGUAGAAUCUUAUUUAAAUUAAAUCAAGAUCUUUAAAGUAUAUUUGUAAAAAUGUUCUUAAAUUAUUUGUGGAUUUUUUCAGUAAUACUUACAUUCAAUAUAAACUUUUAAAUUUCGUUUGAUUUUAUAAACCAAGCAAGUAAUACAUCCUAUUCAUUGGCAAAUAAUUUAGACUGCUACUUGUCUGAAAUUGAAAAGAUUGAGUUAAUCUAUUUCAAAGUAAUUGUUAUCUUAGUAUUAAUCCUAUUGCAAUUUUGUAUUAUCAUUAUUGGAUACUUUCUCUUUUCGAUAGCUACAAAGAACGAAUUUAAGCUUAGUAUUGUCUCAAAUACUUUACUUUGUCUCUAUAUUUUUAAUUUUGCAGGAAUUAUUAAUAUUUUAUGCUCUUUGAUAUCAGUGAGGGAAAUAUCACAUUUAUAAUAUAUUUAGGGAGAUUUAACUCGAUUAUUCUAUACUUAAAGUCAUCGGCUAUGGAUUUUGUAUCUCGUUUUUCCUGGAUUAAUGAUUUUUGGAUUCAUAAUUCCUUUACUAUUAUUUUUGUUAAUGUACUUCAAGAGGAAUUUUUUAAAUAAAUCUAAAUUGAGACCUCAUAUUUGUUAUCUAUUUAAUGAAUACUAAUCAACAAGAUAUUAUUGGGAAUAAAUAAAAUUGAGUAAAAAGGCAGUUAUCAUCCUUUUUUUAACCUAUUUCGAAACUCGCAUAACGUUAAAAGCCUCUUUAAUUGGGUUGACUUUAUUAUAUUAUUAGAAACUAGCAUUUCAAAAGAAACCUUAUACAUUAUCUAACCUUAAUCGAUUAGACUCAAAAGCUGGAUAUAUCUGCUCAUUCUCUAUACCUUUAGCAGCAAUCAAAUAUGAGAAUGAAACUGAAAGCAAUAAUUCUCAAUCUAUAGUGCUAUAAAUCACCUUAAUAGCUCUCCCCCUUAUGCUGUCUUAUCAGUUUACUUAUAAUAUUACUCUAAUUCAUAUCAUAAAAUAUAAAUUUGUUGGGGGGGCCUAUUUAUUCUUGAUGUCUUAAUAUAUGAAUUUGGAAAAGAGCUCCAAUAAAUCUCAAGGACUACUAAAUUAAUAUAGUAGAAGAAAAUAAAGAUUAUAAUAAAAUCUAGAAAAAUUAAGAAAGUACCUCUUAUAAGUUUCAAAAAAUUAAAUAAAGAAUAGAUCGUAAAUCUUAAACAAAACCUUAGGAUUAAAAAUUCAAUUUAUUCUACACCAACUCAUUCAUCGAGACCCCUUAGUCUUAAGCGACCUCAUGCACUAUAUUCUUUUUUAUAAUUAUUGGGGGGUAUUAUAUUAUAUAUUCUACAAAUUAAUCUUAUUCUAAAACUAAACCUUAUCAUUAUGUAGUUAUUUUUGUUUGUCAUACUGUUUUUUUUAAAUUAAAAAAGUUGAGAAAGCUCUGAAUCAUCACAUUUAAGCUCUCAAUUAGUGCUCUUUCUAUCCUUAAGUUUUGAUUGGAUUAUAUGGAAAUUUGUGUUUUUUUAUCAUUUUGACUAAUGCUUAAACCAAUUUUAAAUUUGUGAAAUGUAGAGAAUUCAAUUUGGAAGCUCUAUAAAAAACAUAAAUUAUUAACACUAAUUUAGUAAACUAAAUAAUAAUUAUUGUUGUAAUACAAUAGGGAGAAAAUCAUAUUUAAUUCCCUUUAGAAGCAUCAAUCAAACUUAAUAAUUAUAAAUUAUUCAAAGAAAUACAAAAGAACUAAAGAUAGAAAAUAGUUCAAUAGAAUAAAGAACAUAUGAUAAUAGUAUGCUCUUAUUUUUCUCUGGAAAGACUAAAAAAAAGGAAGUAAAUAGGAACCAUCAACUAUACUAAAAGAUUCACUUAUAUAAUAAUAUAGGUUUCUGUAUAUUUUUAUUAAUAUAUAUCAUUCCUUUGCUAAUUUAUAAUUGUAAAGGUCACAACUUUAUAACUUGUUAUUUUCGAUGCUAUGCACUAUUCUAUAGCCAGAAUUAAAAUAGAAAAUAGAAUAAUCUUAUGGAGGUGA